GUCUGCUCCUCCAAUGGGAAGACCUGUUUAGGAUUAAGGAGCACGCCACCACACCUAUUAACCCACACCUGAGCCAGCUUCCUCUCCAUCUGGGACCCAACUCCCACCCCCUGGAUCCAAGACUCAGUAGGACCAGCAGCGAAAUGAGAGCCCCAGUCUUCUUUCUCCUGUUGCUGCUGCUGCUGCCGCCACUGUCUGUUGCCUCCUCCAGCCCCAAUCCAGAGGAUGCUGAAGGCCAGAGGAACCACAAACUGCCUGCAAAGAGGCAUGCCAGGGGUGGAAGGCAGGUGUGUCGGUGCCAAGAUGUCUUCCAGAACAUUCAUGGAGGAAAGAGAGUACAGAGAGCCAAGCCACCUGCAAGACAGUGCCCAUGUGACCGCCUUAAAUACAAACAGAAAAAACCAGGCUUAGGGCAUCGGACGCACUGGAGACGAAGCUGCCUCGGGUUUCUGAAGCAAUGUCAGCUGCGGGACAUCACUCUACCUUUGUAAAAGCGUGGUCCUAUCUGAAGGGCAGCAAGGCCAGCUCUCAAGAGGGCUUUAAUUCAGAAACUACCCCAGGGUCACGUGGACUGCAGGAGCUCCUUGGUCCGAUCCCUCUGGGAAGCAAGCACCUGACCUCUAGUCCCUGUCUCUGCCCACCCUCUCACAGGUCCAAGUUGGGACCGGGAGAGAGGAUGAACCAGUCCCUACAAUCCCUAAUCACCAGGGAAACUUGUCUCCCCAGGCCUUCAGCCUGCCUGAACAUCACCACACCAGCAACAUGUAGCACCCGGGGUCUUCAAUAAAGACGAAAAUAUUUCACCAGU